CCUGCGUUUGUAAUGCGCGAGUGUGUGUGAAAAGAAGGUGGGGGUGAGAGACCCCGUCGUGUUUUGACCCCCCAAACAACUCCCGACCACCAUCUCUCCCCACAUAGUCUCUGCCUCUCUCAAUGUUUAAAGCAACAUCACUCAAGUCGCUGUGACAUUUUCCAGCCUGCCGCGACAGUCCAUGGACAGCGAGAACGGCCAAAAAGGACGCUAUUUCUCCUCACCAAGCAUCUCGCCUGCGAGCCGGACCCAAAAACAUAACGUGCGGACCUACCACAACGCUCUCGAAACCGAAGCCCAUGCAGGAUAUCUCGAGCACGGCCUGAGAGUGACUAUAGCUUAUACGUCAAAUCUAGGUUUCGAUCUUCUGGAUACAGAACGCCUGCGCUGGACAGCGGGUCUGGUCUCAUCCUUCCCGGAGUAGGAUUGGCUUCCGUGUCGCAUGGAUAAGAGGUAUGAAGACCUGGUGCACUACUCAGGGUCAGAGGGCAUGCCCGUGGGGGGGUAUGGAGAGGCCAUGAGGUCACUGCACCCCUCUCACUAUGGCCACACUGUCCCAGAUUCCCUCAAACACCACAGGGACCAGAUCUAUGGUCAUCCCCUGUUUCCAUUGCUGGCCCUGGUGUUUGAGAAGUGUGAGCUGGCCACCUGCUCCCCGCGGGACGUCACAUCCCACUCAGUCCCUCCCCACCUCCAAGGCCUGACCAAUCACAGUGAUGUAUGCUCCUCAGACUCCUUCAACGAUGACAUCGCAGCCUUCGCCAAACAGAUUCGCUCAGAGAAGCCCAUUUUUUCUACAAAUCCUGAACUGGACAACCUGAUGAUCCAGGCCAUCCAGGUACUACGUUUCCACCUGUUGGAGCUGGAAAAGGUUCAUGACCUGUGUGAUAACUUCUGCAAUCGCUACAUCACCUGCCUGAAGGGCAAGAUGCCCACAGACCUGAUUCUGGAUGACAGGGAGGGCGGGUCCAAGUCUGACGUGGAGGAUUUCACUGGCUCCUGCACUAGUCUGUCAGAGCAGAAUCAGUCGUGGUUGCGGGACCCAGAUGACUGUGCGUCCACUCCACUAGGGACCCCUGGCAUGUCGUGUGGCCUGCCUUCACACAGCACAGACAACUGCAGCGAUACGGGGGAUGGUUUGGAUGGGGGCUUGGCCUCCCCCAGUACGGGAGAGGAGGACGAUACGGACCGAGACAGAAAGAACAGCAAGAAGAGGGGCAUUUUCCCCAAACUGGCAACCAACAUCAUGAGGGCAUGGCUCUUCCAGCAUUUAUCGCACCCAUACCCCUCAGAGGAGCAGAAGAAGCAGCUGGCACAGGACACAGGCCUGACCAUCCUGCAGGUCAACAACUGGUUUAUCAAUGCAAGACGGAGAAUAGUACAGCCCAUGAUUGACCACUCAAAUCGCUCAGGUCAAGGUGGUCCUUACAGCCCAGAGGGAGCAGCACUGGGGGGCUAUGGACUGGACGGCCAAGCCCACCUGGGUCUCAGGGCAGCAGGUCUUCAGGGGAUGCCGUCUCUUCCUGGAGAGUACCCCGGGGCCCUGCUGUCCCAGUCUGGCUACCCCCACGCCGGCCCGUCCCUGCACCCCUACCCCGGCCCCCAUCCCGCCAUGCUGCUGCACCCGCCGCCCCACCCCCACCCCGCCGAUCCCCUCAUAGGCCAGGGCCUGGACAUACACGCCCACUAACUGAGAAGGAAGGGUGUGAAGGAGAGUGGAGAGAGGAGAGAGGAGAGAGGAGAGGGGAGGGGAGAGAGGGGCCAUCCUGGAGGAGAUGGGGGCUCUCACACCCGCCACCCGCUAACUACGACAGCAUGGUGUAGUCCAAAUGUUUACAUUCCCGCCGUAAGACACUGACUUCCACAGUCACUCAACCCACUCAAGCCAUUGUCUGCAACAUGCAUACACUUCCCUUAACAUACCACCGCUGGCCCCUCUUAUACCAUCAAUAACAUACUUACAUUCUAUCUCAGACGUAGACAAAGACACACACCACACUGAGCCCUUGAGUGUGAGCCAAGCCCACUUCAGGGUGGAAGAGGCGAGCGUCCUCAGCCCCUUCCCUCUCUACAUACUCUAUGGUGACAGUGAGCUGUCUGACACCCAGGAUAGCGCCCCCUCUAGGAGCAUAGAGGAACACCCCACACGGACCACUGACCAGCCAACUUGCCUCUCUCUCCCACCUGGCCUACUGGCCAACCAAACGGAAAGACACAGGUCAGACACACAGCUCCCGAUCUGCCUGGGUCACCUUAACCUCCAUAACUCUUAUGACCUCACACAGCCCAGGCUUGAAGCGUUGUGAUUGGACAGAACGCCAGUGAUACACUCUAACCUCUAUCCUCCACGCCCCAGGCCACACCCAGUCUUCCCACACCGACAACUGUCACACACACACCCACCUUAUUUCAUUUGACUUUUUUUAGAUCUGUUUUUGUAUUUAUAUGUGUCAGAGAGAUGGGACCUGACAAAAGUCCUGUGAACGGUGAUCUUCCAGGGUAUCACUCUGCAUGACUCUUGUACACUAUGAAUGAGCUCAAUUUGUCUCUCUCAAUUUGUUCAAGGACGUACCUUGGUUUGUUUAAAUAUGUUGGAAUGAGUUGAUCACUUACCUCCUUAAGAUCCUGUCAGACAUGAAUAGUAGAGUUUACUGUGGGAUCCACACCGUAAGCCAAACAGUGAACACGCACACGAUCCUGUCGGACCAUUUCAUGGUCCAUGUUAUCUGCCGUUGUGUUUGAGGAGGACAGCCAAAGGACUUUACACAUGCUGCAUCUUCCUCAGUCCCUUAUGGGUCUCUGAUAAAAUAAUUUAUUUCCAAAUGUUGAUGACAAUAAUUGAUGAUAACGAUGUUACAGUUAUGAUUUUGCUUAUAGUAUUAAAACCUUUCUUUUGUAAAA